GGUGACAAAGCUGUCCACAACAGGCAGCUCUACAUCUCCAUCGUCAUCGACUGGGUCUGUCCCUGGUCUAGUGAUUGUCCCUCUUUCUGCUACCUCGACCAGUGUUGGCCACGCGGGGCGUGCGAUGCUCCGCCAUGGCCCAAGAACCAUCCUUGAGAAGCUACGCUGCAUGCAGCUUGUUCCUGAGCAUUAAACUGUUCAACCGAAGGUAGGUCCGCUAGGUUGCACGGAUGACAGGUUUUGCGGCGGAAAGCUACCUAGUUACAAAAGCAAAUGCGUCCCCUCCUCAGGCGAGGACUCCGACCUAGCUCUCACUCUCUGGUGGACGGCUGCGUCAAGAUGUACCCUCUGCUCUCUGCAGCUUUGCUGCUGGUAUGUGCCAGUCAGAGUGUCGUCGCUCAAUUUGUCACGCCUCCUAAGAAUCUCACCUCGAAAGAAGGCUACGCCGGCGUGAACGUUCGCUACAAGUCGGUUCCCGCAGGCAUAUGCGAACAAAACCCCAAGGUCAAAUCCUACUCAGGAUAUGCCGAUGUCGCCCCUGGCCAACACAUUUUCUGGUGGUUCUUCGAAGCGCGACACGGCAACGCGUCCGAAGCGCCCUUGACAAUCUGGAUUAAUGGCGGGCCCGGCAGCUCUUCGAUGAUCGGCUUGUUUCAAGAGCUCGGGCCCUGCAGCGUCGACAGUGACGGCAACGCUGUGAACAAUCCCUACUCCUGGUCGGAGGUCAGUAACAUGAUCUUCAUCGACCAGCCCACGCAAGUCGGGUUGAGCUACAGCAGCCCUGUGCCCGCGUACCUCGAUCCCGAGUCCUCGAACCUCGUCGAGCUGCCGCACAACAAGUGCCCGGGCUACGCUGCCGACUGGGACUGCGGGACGUAUUCGUACUUCAAUCAGAGUUUGACAGCGAACUCGACACCAGCGGCGGCGCCCAACUUCUGGAAAACGCUCCAGGGCUUUAUGGGUGCGUUCCCCCAGUACGCGCGGGAAGGUGUGUACUUCACGACAGAGUCGUAUGGUGGACACUAUGGCCCCAUCUUUAGCGAAUACUUCGAGGAGCAGAAUGCGAAGAAUAUCAAGGGCGCGCAUAAUAUCAGUCUCGAGGGCGUCUUGAUCGGGAAUGGAUGGUACGAUCCGCUCAUCCAGUAUCAAGCGUAUUACAACUUCAGCGUGUCUCCGGGAAAUACGUACGGCUAUGAUCCGUUCAACCAGUCUGUCAAAGAUCAAUGGUACAACAACCUCUACGGCCCAGGUAACUGCUACAACCAGACGGUGGACUGCAACGAGCGGGGCAUCAACGAAAUCUGCACGGCGGCAGAUAACUUCUGCCUCGCCCAGGUCGAAAACCUCUACGAUAUCUACCUAGGCCGUGACGAGUAUGAUUUCCGGUACCUCAUGCCCGAUCCGUUCCCGCCGACGUAUUACGUCGACUAUCUGAACAGUGCGCCCGUGCAGGCCGCCAUCGGUGCGUACGUGAAUUUCACGGAGAGCAAUUCGGCCGUGGGCAGCGCGUUCGGCACGACGGGCGACGACGACCGCGAGAUCGGGACUGUCGAGGCGUUGAAGAAACUCCUUGCCCAGGGCAUCAAGGUGGUCAUGUACUUCGGCGAUGCGGAUUAUAAUUGCAACUGGCUCGGCGGGCAGGUGGUCGCGGAGCACGUCAAUGCUCCCGGGUACGCGGGCGCGGGGUUCGUGAAUAUCAGCAGCAGUGAUGGCGUGGUGCACGGGCAGGUGAGGCAGAGUGGGAAAUUUGCGUUUGUGCGAAUCUAUGAGAGUGGGCAUGAAGUGCCGUUCUACCAGCCGUUGGUGUCGUUGGAGUUGUUGAAUAGGACUAUGCAUGGGGUGGAUAUCGCGACCGGGAAGACGAAGGUUGGGAGUGGGUAUAAGACAAGCGGGCCCAAGGUGAGUACGUAUCAGGAGGGCAAUGCGACGGUGCAGUUUGAGGUUGUGCCUGAGGAUGCGGUGUAUAAUGUUACGACGGCGAUGCCGCAGAACGGGACGACGACGAAGACGGGGAGUGGUAGAGGAGAGAAGAGGAAGCAGAAGCAGAAGCAGAAGCAGAAGGCACGAAGAAAGAGGACAAAGAGAGAUUUUAUGACGGUCAAGGGAGGCCGGUGGGUGUUGAUGGAUGAGCAGUGAUUUUGCUGAUCCUCGAAGGGCGGGAGCCGAUGAGCAGACUUUAGGGGAAAAGGCCAGAGACGCUGGGUUGGGCUGGACUGGACUGGACGGUCUGUUGUUGAACCUUGGCCAGGACGAUGUAUGUCAUGAUAUGAAUAACGAGGGUGAGUAAACAGGAAUAGAAAGAAAGUACACUAAAUGUCGUGAACGGAUGCAUGACCG